AUAUCUAUGACUCGAGCUAGGACUCGCCGAUGUGUACCACGUGUUGCAGCACAUCCUGCGAGUUGUCCUUUGUUACAGGAUAUCUACACCCCUUCGUACGAGUGGGUGGAAUUAGUCGGCUAUAAAUCAUCGUAAAGGAUCUUAGAGGAAGCAUUCCGGUUGCAUUUCUAUCGAAACGCAAGUCAAACGUUGGGAGUGAAUUAUGUGGAGGUUUAAGCCAUCUAAAUACAAGAAUGCAGCUCCUAAAGUUCCAAAAAAAGGAGAGGGAUGGAUACUCGACUUACCUGUCGGAGACCCCCGAUCGUUUGGAAAUCACAUCAAAGCCAGUGCGGGAUUUAUGGUAUUCAAUGUGGAAUUAGGUGAAGGCAAUUUAGGAAUUUUAUCAAUUAAUGAAACUGGAAAGAAAAAUAAACCACCUCUGCUCCAUGCACAUUCGGGACCAGUAACAGAUUUCGAUUUCUCUCCUUUUGAUGAUGGUUUAUUAGCGACUUGUUCGGAAGACUCAAAUGUAAAAGUGUGGCAGAUUCCCGAAAGUGGCCAAAUCCCUCGUAAUAGCAUCGCAAACUUCUCCGUGCCGAACGAUAAACCGCAAGUAAUCGGUUGGCACCCGACUGUCGACUGCCUGUUGACCACGUCGGCCGAUAAAUCUCUCAAAAUUUGGGACGUAACUAAGCAAGAACAGUUAUAUAGUAACUGUAGCCACAAAGAUUUAAUUCACUCGUUUACUUGGAAAAGUGACGGAAGUUCCAUUAUCAGUUCUGGAAAGGAUUGCCUGCUUCAGAUAUGGGAUCCGAGAUGCUCCGAAUCAGUUUCGGAAACAAAAGGACACUUGAAUAAUCGCGAUUCUAGAGUCAUCUGGCUCGGAGAUACCGAGUAUGUUCUGUCGACGGGAUUUGGAAGUGCAAAAAAUGUAGAAGUAGUCAUAAGAGACGUCAGAAACUUUGACAAGAUUUUGGCUAAAUCUGGAUUCGAUCUAUCCUUGAACAUUUUUGUUCCACUUUUUGAUCCCGAUACAAAUAUGUUAUUCUUGGCAGCAAAGGCAGAAACAGUAGUUCAUUAUUGGGAAGUUGUGUACAGAGAACCGUAUUUUGUCGAAGCUACAAAGCACAUUGGUGACAUCCAAACCAAAGGAAUAGCUUUGGUACCGAAGAGAGCAUUGAAUGUCAUGCAAGCGGAGGUAAAUCGCAUUAUGUUGUUGGGACAGGAUUGCAUUGUUCCGAUCUCUUAUCAAGUCCCACGCAAAUCUUAUAGAGAAUAUCACUCUGAUCUGUAUCCUGAUACGAAAGGCACAGAACCGGCAUUGCACGUUGACGACUGGUCUAAAGGAGAUACAAAGAAGGUCGGUACAGUCAGCUUAAAUCCACAAAAGUCUCUUGGCCGCAAGUUAUUAAAGUUCGGCCAUAAAUUUCAAACUUGUGAAGAGAAAUCUGAGAGAAAAAACAGCAUAGAGUCUGCUCCGUUUAAACCUCCAUCCGACGAAACCAUAGAAACAAAAAUCUCCGAAAAGUGCGAUUUCACUUCCAGUUUCAACGUCUUUAAAAAAAUAGAAAGCGAAGAAAUUCCAUAUAAUAGUUUGAUGGAAAAAUCGUCCUCAAACGUUGCAAAACCAACCGUUCCACCCAAACCGCCGAGGCACAGCAAAACGUCCGUAGAAUCGCAAGUCAGAGACUUUGAAUACCAGAAUAAAGUAAAAAACGUUCAGGUAGUAAUUGAAGAGAAACCUCGCGAUUCCGGAAGUGCAAAUAUAAUAUUGGAAGACAUUAUAGAAAAGAUGAACAACUUAGAAAUGCAGCAAAAGAAAACAAAUAGUCAACUGGUGGCUUCUCCCACGCCACAGAGGAAUACGCGCACGUUUGGAGUGAGGACUACAAAAUUCCGUCAUCUCAAUGGUACGAUUCUUCAUAAAAACACACACAUCACAAACAUUACUAACUACAACAAGAAUUUGUCUGGAGAGUGCGACGUCUUUCAUGCUAAUCCAAGUAGAGUUGCGCUUCCUUUGAAUAUCGCAGGUGGUCAUAUUGCCAUAUUGGAGCUUAGCAAACCGGGACGUCUGUCUACGGGCAAACUACCGAGCAUCGUGUGUGGCAGUAACAUUGCGGAUUUCGCUUGGGAUCCAUUCAACGAUUGUAGGCUCGUUAUUGCUUCGGAUAGUGGAAAAAUUUUCGUGUGCCUCAUUCCCGAAGAAGGUCUCGAAGGCGAAACGUCCCCGGACGAGGAAUUCAUUGCAGGCAAUGAUAAAAUUUCAAUAGUAAAAUUCCACCCCGUUGCCAGAGACGUCAUAAUAACGGCAUCCUACGAUUUUAGCAUUAAAGUAUGGGAUCUUAUCACUAAAAACGUUUAUAUAACUUUGCAAGGACACACAGAUCAGGUGUUUACUUUGGCGUGGAGUCAAGAUGGCCAAUAUUUGGCAACAGUUUGCAAAGAUCAAAAAUUAAGAAUAUAUAAUCCGAGAAAGUCUUGUACGCCGAUUAAGGAAGGCCCGGGACCCAGCGGAAAAAGAGGCGCAAGGGUAACAUGGGUGCUAGGAGGGUCUCAUCUAGUAGUAUGUGGUUUCAGCAAAGUUUCGGAAAGACAGAUCAUGUUGUAUAGUAAAGACGAUCUUUCGGAACCACUAGCAACCGAAGGUAUCAAUGUAAAUCCUUCCAUCCUCGUUCCGUUUUAUGACGAAAGUAGUUCCACGUUAUUCUUAACUGGAAAGGGAGAAUCUGUUAUAUUUGCUUACGAAGUCUCAACGGAGGGAUCGCAUUUCUAUCCGCUGUCUCACUACAAAUGUAGUGGACCGCAUCAGGCUGUAUCUUUCUUACCAAAAUAUGUUUGCAAUGUAGCAGAAGUAGAAUUUGCAAGAGCUGUCAGACUGACUAACACUACAAUAGAACCCUUAUCUUUUACUGUUCCUCGGCUCAGAACAGAAUAUUUCCAAGACGAUCUGUUUCCAGACGUACAGGUCACGUGGGAAGCCGCAAUGUCCAGUCAGGAUUGGUUUUCAGGUGCAAACAUUAAACCUAAAUUCAUUAGUUUGAAACCAGAAGGGAUGCUGCCUUUAUCCGAAGCCACCCAGAAACCUACAGUUUCGCCCGUUUCUGCCCCUCAAGAAGAAAUAAUCCAGUUCGAAGGACAUGCGGUAUUAGAGAGUUCUUUGGCAUUCUUAACAGGAAAUAAAGAAAAGGAAGAACAAAUAAUAAGUUCAAUGAAAGAUAAAAUGAAUUAUCAAGAUGAGAAAUUACCCCAAGAUUCGUUCGAGGGCGUCGAUCCCGACGAAUGGGAUGAAGAUAAUUAGACGUUCGAGUAAAAUAAUGAUAAAACCAUUGUACAUAUCUGAUAAAUGGUACAAGUUAAAAUAUUAAUAAUGCUCAUUCGUUUUAUGAAAACGGCAUUCCGUUAUAUUACUCGUAACAAGAUUCGAAUGGUGCCAUGAUCAUCGUCGACGUAUAAGUUUACUGAAUUUUCGGAUAUUUUAUCGUCAUGCAAAUGCAAUUUCCGCACUAUGCUCCUCAUCCACUUGUUGUAAUGCCAUAUAUUUACAGUAAUUAUUACUGUAUAUGUUAAUUGUAAGUUAAAAAAAAAUAUAUUGUUGAUUAACAUAAAAGAUUCAUAUUUAUACAUUUAUACUUUUUCUAA